UUAAACCCUUUGGUUUCACUACCAUUCCCCCGCAAGCUUUGGUGCCUUGUGUGGUUAAGGAGCGUUUUGUCAGGAGAGAAAGACAUUACAUGUGCUUGUUGCACGAAGUCCAGCAGUAGGUCUUUUGCUUGCUCACUUGUGUGCAGGGGAUUUCAAGGACUUAACUGGGAGUAACAUGCGCCUACAGUAGAUAUUGUUAGUGUCAUUUGUCUACUUAUGGACCACAGAGGCACCAUGCGUGUAGCGUAGCCUGUGGUAGGAACCUGAAGGAAGACAAAGAUGUGAGUUUGUUCUGCUUUCGUGUAAACAAUACAUUCAGCUUCACUGAAGCGAUCCUUGAAGGAUAUGGCCCUCACGCUUCACAUGCAGUAAAUCUGCUCCAUUGCACGUGAAGCAGAACAACAGAUCUGUACAACAACUACUCUACUUUGUCUCACUUGGUAGCAUUUUGCUUUUUUCUGACAAAGACGAGAUAAAGUGUCUCCAAAGGCUCGGAUGCAUUUGUCAAUGGAUACCCUGGGAAUAGUGGACGAUAGUUGCCUGGACAACUAUGACAUGGCAAAAGGUGCUGGGUCAAGCGGUGGAGGCAGGGUCCACAGUAUCGAUGUCAUACUGGGAUUCACUAAAGACCAAGACCCUUUACAACAUUCGCUAGGAGAUGAUGACAGCCAGAAAACAAACGUAGAAAACCCACAGCACCCCGAAAAGCAGGUCCCGUUGGACCCCUAUGGGCACCUUCCAGAACUGGGUGAUAGCUCCCAACAUUCUUCCUACCAUGAAUCUGACCUUUUCUCCGGUGACAAGUGUGAUGACGAAAUAAGCAACCUGCAGAAUGAAGUGGAUGUUGCUGAGUCUCCAGAGACCGUUAAAGAGGAAGAGCACACUAAAAAGAAACACAGAAGAAACCGUACCACCUUCACCACCUAUCAGCUUCAUGAGCUGGAGCGAGCCUUCGAGAAGUCCCACUACCCAGACGUCUACAGCCGUGAGGAGUUGGCAAUGAAGGUUAACUUGCCUGAGGUGCGAGUUCAGGUGUGGUUCCAGAACCGGAGGGCCAAGUGGAGACGUCAAGAAAAGAUGGACACUAGUACCAUGAAGCUCCAUGAUUCCCCCAUGCUAUCCUUCAAUCGUCCCCCGAUGCCCCCCAGCAUUGGGCCAAUGAACAACCCAAUGCCCCUAGAUCCCUGGCUGACCUCGCCCAUCUCCAGUGCCACGCCAAUGCAUACCAUCUCAGGGUUCAUGGGUUCACCGCAGGGCCUGCAGCCUGCCUAUCCAAGCCACAGCUUCCUCAACACCCCACCUGGCAUGGUCCAAGGUAUGCAGCCAAUGGGCCCUCCUCCCUACCAGUGCCCACCCAGCUUCAACGAUAAAUACCCGAUGGAGGAUGACAGAAGUUCCAGCAUCGCAGCACUCAGGAUGAAGGCCAAAGAGCACAUUCAGUCAAUGGAUAAAACCUGGCAGCACAUGUGAUCUGAUGAGGCACUGUGGACAGAUUUUUGAGCUGCUCCUGUGAAUGUUUACAAACUGCUUUUCCACUGUGUGUUUCAUGUACCAAUGAAGUGGGUACGUGACACCAAAGGAGUCAGAUAUUUUUUCACUGACACUAUUAAGCAACUCUGAAAAUGAACUUCUUGCGAUUUUUUGAAUUUUGAAUGAACCAUUUUGUAGCUCCAAGUCUCUGGGGGUCAUUUAUUUUGGUUUAGCUCAAAAGGUUUGGGAAUAGACUCUUGUUUAAGAGAACAUUUUCAACAUGAAUGUUUACACAAUUUUGUGUCAACAUUAAUUUAGUAUAUUUCUGAUAAAAUUCAGACAGUACUGACAAAGUAGUAGCAACGUUUUUCUAUUUGGACUUAUUACUUGAUGAGAAAUUUCAACAAAUUUAUACAGGUUUGCUGUCUAACUAUAUAACUAUAUACAGCACACUGUGUUUCGCACGGAUGAUUAUUACUGUCAUACAUCAAGCUCACGCUGUGUGUGAUCAGAGACGUUUCACUUCGUCUUUGGUGUGAUUUGACAGAUUACAAAG